UUGUCGAGUUGACACCCUCCCCAAACCUCGGCAGCAGCUUAGCUGCACAGUCGACAUGGCAAGAAAAUAUCGCAACAAUUUCCUACAGAAACAUGAAAAUCUUCCAAGUCUUUUGGAAUGAUAUUCAUCACGCGAUGUGAUCCAAAAUCCACAAUGUGUGAGAACAUUUAAGAACGAUUGAGUUCGGAAGAAAAAAAUCUUGAUUCCAGUGGAAUCUUUCCAUAUAUAUAAAUAUAUAUUAUUUGAUAUUUUCUCUGUGUUAAAGCUUACAUACGUUUACACACACACACACACACAUACGUACGCACUCGUCCCGUCAACAUAUAACCAUGCCAGUGCAAGCACCACAAUGGACGGAGUUCCUGCUGUGCCCGAUCUGCACGCAGACGUUCGAGGAGACUGUUCGCCGGCCCAUCAGCCUGGGCUGUGGACAUACUGUCUGCAAGAUGUGCCUGAACAAGUUGCACCGCAAGGCCUGUCCCUUUGACCAGACGGCCAUCAGCACAGACAUCGAGCAGCUACCUGUCAACACGGCCCUGUUGCAACUGGUGGGAGGCCAGGUUCCUAAGGCUCAGCCAGUUGCCUUGAUUACCAGUCCAGAGGACUCGCAGCAUUAUGAGGAGGCCAGGCAGUGUGUGGAGGAGCUGGCCCUCUACCUCAAACCUCUCAGCAACACUCGAGGUGUGGGUCUGAGCAGCACGGCCCAGAGCAUACUGAGUCGACCAAUGCAGAGGAAACUGGUAACUCUGGUCCACUGCCAGCUGGUGGAGGAGGAGGGCCGUGUUAGAGCCAUGAGAGCUGCCCGCUCUCUGGGUGAGCGAACUGUGACUGAACUCAUCUUGCAGCACCAGAAUCCGCAGCAGCUCUCCUCCAAUCUGUGGGCUGCUGUCCGUGCACGAGGAUGUCAGUUUCUCGGCCCGGCCAUGCAGGAGGAAGCUCUAAAGUUGGUCCUUCUCGCUCUAGAAGAUGGCUCUGCUCUGUCCAGGAAGGUGUUGGUUCUCUUUGUAGUGCAGAGGCUUGAGCCACGCUUUCCGCAGGCCUCAAAGACCAGCAUAGGCCAUGUGGUGCAGCUCCUCUACAGGGCCUCCUGCUUCAAGGUGACCAAGCGUGAUGAAGAUUCAUCCCUGAUGCAGCUGAAAGAGGAGUUUCGCACUUAUGAGGCUCUGCGGCGCGAGCACGACUCUCAGAUAGUUCAGAUUGCCAUGGAGGGUGGGCUGCGCAUCGCACCUGACCAGUGGUCUUCUCUGUUAUAUGGAGAUCAAUCUCAUAAGUCACACAUGCAGUCUAUCAUUGAUAAGCUGCAGACCCCAGCGUCCUUUGCUCAGAGUGUUCAGGAGCUGACGAUUGCGCUGCAGAGGACCGGAGAUCCAGCCAACCUCAACAGGUUGCGGCCACACUUGGAAUUACUGGCCAACAUUGAUCCCAGUCCUGAUGCUCCCCCUCCCACAUGGGAGCAGCUUGAGAAAGGAUUGGUGGCAGUGAAAACAGUGGUGCAUGGACUGGUGGACUUCAUUCAGAACCACAGCAAGAAAGGAGCUGACCCUCAACAGCCUCCUCAGCACAGCAAGUACAAGACCUACAUGUGUCGUGACAUGAAGCAGAAGGGAGGCUGUCCUCGCGGAGCCAGCUGUACCUUUGCUCACUCUCAGGAAGAACUGGAGAAGUAUCGAAAGAUGAAUAAGCGCCUGGUAAGUCGCCUCCCUGGCUCAGGAGGGCUCAUGCCAGAUGACGGCCUUUCUCUUGAUGUAGGAGUGACCCGGAAGCCAUCACCCCUCACCAAUGGCAGCAGUGUGCCCUCUUUGCCCCAGCUCAUUCCCCGCGGCACCGACACAGUCUCCACACAGUACGAACUGUUAACCCAUCGUAAACCCAUCAAGAUGGAUGGGGGGAGUCCCAGUGCCCCAGGGUCACCACCUGAUCCCCUGGACAAUGGGCCCAAACCUAUGCCUCUACCACAUACCAUGGCACACCCAAGAAUGCCAGCGGACCACCUCCCAGGGGUGAAGCACAUGACUGGGGUAGCUAGAGGUCCACCAGUGUACCCACAGCCACAACUCCCUGAGAUGUGCUACGAUACCCGCCCACCACCUUCUGCUUCUCAGUAUGAGACCCCACAAUACUCCACAGUGUCAGGGUACCCAUACCAACAGCCGCCACAGUAUGUUCCUCGGGAUUACAUGCGUAAUCCUCCACCCAAUGAGUCAGGACCCCCUUACCAGGACCCCUACCCGGGCUAUGGGCCUCCAGAGCGCCCCUACCAGGCUCCUCACUCUGGUCCACCCUUCUCCUACCCUCACCCUCCGCACCAUGACCGAGGCCGCCACGGGAACUACCCUGGCCCACCACCUCCCCCGCAGCCUUACCCAUCUCAGAGGGAUGGCCUGGUCAGAAUGAGUCCCGCGCCUCUAGAUGUUCCCCCGCAAUCAGCAGGACAGGCUAACUCACUGUACCACCAGGAGCCAAGUGCUCGGGAUAGAUACCCUCCAGAUGGCUACUAUCCACCAGGUGCCCAGCCUCCACCCAUGAGGGCUUAUGUCAGGGGACCAUCGUAUAGUGGUUCGCAGCCCAGCUUGGACUACCUGCACCGACGUCGGCAGGAGCUCUUAUCCCAGCUGGAGGAAAGGAAAGUCAUCUCCCCUCCACCAUUCGCUGCCUCCCCCACUCUUUCUCACCCUUUCCCCAGCGACUACCCUCCAGAGUACGGUGAGGAGAGCUCCAAAACAAUGAUGAAAUGCAGAGAGUCUGACUAUGCAGGCCAAUACUCCCCCUGGUCUUGUGAAACAAUCGGCUCCUACAUUGGCACAAAAGAUGCCAAACCCAAAGACGUUAUGGUUCCUGGCACCAUGGAGAUGAUGAACGUGGAAGCUAAGGGUCUGAGGGAACCAUCGCUGGAGGCUCCUCGGAGGGGUGCGGAAGUCAAGGACGAUGACCCCAUUAUCCCGUUUGGCCCCCAGCCUACUGUAUCACGCUUCGGUGCCAUUUCCCGCACCUCAAAAACGGGCUACCAGACCACCGGCCCUGUGCAGGCUAUGGCCUCUACCGCCCAGAACCCAAACUCUAAACAUAUGGCUGUGUCAGCAGAAUACACAUAUGGAAGCCAUGCAGGAUGGGGUGGAGCGUCAUACCCCUCUCACCAGGCUGCCUCCUCCUCUCAGGGACACUUCAAUGAGCGUCUACCUAUGGCACCCUCAGACAGAGAACAGUUAAAGAUUGAGCUGCAACAGGUCAACCAGCAGAUCAACCAACAGACCCAGAUGCGAAGCAUGGAGGCUGCCAGUAACUCUUUACUCCUGCAGAGGGAGGCCAGUGCGUUGGCAGGACAGCCUGUGCAGCCGAACCAGGGCCAGGCAACAGCAGCCCAGCAGCAGCAACAGCAGCAGCAGCAGCAGGCCAAGUGGCCAGCAGGGGGAGCGAGUACCACAGCUGUCUCCAGUGAACAGCUGAGCCUGGAGCUCCACCGGGUGGAGAGAGAGAUCGGCAAGAGGACCCGUGAGAUGGCUUUGGAAAACCAAGUAGCCCAUGAUGUUCAGCAGUACAAGAUGAAACCUGCAGAGAAUGGACAACCAGAGCACAAGACUCAGCUGGAAGAAAUCUUGUCUCUUAGCGAGGUGUCAAACGGCUCCAGCAGUCUGCAAGAAAGUGCAGUGGGCGGGUCCAUGCUGUCACUGACCAAUAAGACGUCUGUGCUGAGCCUGUGCUCUGACCCAGGUGCCACUGGUUCAGAGAUGCAGAAGAAUGGCGUCGUCCAUUCCUGCUCUUAGGCAGUACACACACUUAAACACACGCACACACACAUACAUACACGCACACACUCAAGAUGCUCAGUUGAAAAGCAUGCACAGGCACACAUACACCCAUUCUAUUUAGAAGAUGAGCAGUAUCUGCCGUGAUAUGAAUUUUCUUUCUUUUUGUUCUGUGAAUGAGCUUUUUUUAAUGACUUUCCUUGCCUGGAAACCAGGGCAUAUAACAUUUCUCGUGUGUGUUAAUUUUUUUUCUUUUUUUUUUUUUGUACUGGGACUACGGAUUAACAAGGCUCACAAUAGAUAUAUUAGGAAGAGUAAAUGGUGGUGAUGUUGACAGUGGUAUUUUCAUUCAUUAUUUGAUUGAUUCUCCCCAUAUAAGAUAUAUAUUUUUUGGCAUACAUGUAGAUGAACGGUUAGAUAAACAGAAGCAGAUUAAUAAACAGCUUCACAUCAUAUGCAGUCUGAGGAAUCUCUAUUACAAUCUGAAGAUCUGUGAAGGUAUCGGAGGAAACAGGACGAGCGUGUCACUUGGUACUCACCCCCAGAAUCGUAAAAAAAAAAAAAAAAAAGUGGUCGCCUAGAUGUAGAUGGUUUGAGGAGGGAAAUAAUAACAGUAUUCCAACAGUAUUCAGCUGAAACGGAGACGCGAGGUGUUUUUUUUUAGAAAUCACUUUUGCACCAUAUGCACGUCCUCCCCUACCAUGAGAAGUAUGAUUUUAUUAGCGCAUUUUAUGAACACAUCAUGUCUGUUUCAUACUUGAAAGCAGUAUAUUCUAUAUUUAAUUGACGCAUUCUGUUUUAAAGAUUGCAACAAGCCUUUUUGAUAAUGAGCUUUCCAGAUGUUUUUUCUAUAAGGGAAAUCUACUAUGUGCUUCUCUCGGUUGUGGUGUGAGCUGAUGUGAUUUGGUUGCAAUUGCUUUUCGCCUGCGUGCCGUAGGGCUGCAUUCAGUCCUGGCCGAUUAACGAUUUGCAGCACACUCAGAAAGUUGUUUUAUUUUUUAUUUUUAUUUUUUUGGCGGGUGUCUGGGUGGAGGUGGGUGAAGGCACAUUAGCUGAGUGUGAGAGAGUGUACAUCUUUCUGCCUCGGGAGUCAGGUGAGUGUAAACAUGUCAGGGUAAAUUUAGGGUUUCCCUCCUCAGAGCUUCUCAUCUGGCCACACAAAAGGCUCCCCAUUGGGAUUAUCUUGUCAUUUGUUUUCCUAACUUCUAUGAAGUUGCCUUCCCUUGUGUUUUUUUUUUUUCUUCUUCUUUUUUUGGGGGGGUUUAAAUUUGUUUAGUAUUUUUCAUGCUUACGUUGUUACGAUUUGGGGGGUGUGACUUACCCAGUGAAGGCUUUACGGAGCUCAGUUGAACACGUGUCCUCGUGAUGAGAUGGUUGAAUUGCGAGCAAAAACCCAGGCUUAUCAUUUGUACCCUUUUUAGAAAGAAAACUGUUGUAGCGUUUUUAGCUGCACAGGACUUUUCGAAAUCAUGUUUACAGCUAAGGAUAUUAGCGUUGGUUACUGAGAGGUAAACGCCUUCAAGAAUAGCUGUCCACAAAUAGCAGAUUUGGAUAUAUUUAAGCAUCUUUAUCGGUGACUAGUAUAAUCCGUUCACUGUCUUCACACCUUUAUGCCAUCAUCACCACCAUUACCACUAUUACCGCUCUUUCUCCAUCAUGUUAAUUGUUUACUGCUGAAGCUCGCGGAGCUCCUUGCCUUUUUUGUAAACAAUAAUGAUCGGCUACAGUUUUACAGCUCUGCUGAGAGCGAGUGGGUCCUUGUGUUUAAACGGUUGAAGGAUAGAGGAGAGACGCUCUGGGUCAAGUCGUUCUAGUUUUAACGCUGAGCCUUCGUUUUGGUCAGACGAGGGGUACUGAGAAACUGACAAGAGUUUGACAAAUCCCUGAUAACUGAUGAGUCAAAUAAACCAAGACACAAAUGUUUUUUUGUGUCCGACAUCCUCAUCUGGGUUGUUUGAUGGGCAUCUCUUCCAAUUUGUCAGCGCCAUGAUAGUGGAUGUUUGGGUUUUUCUGUCUUUUUCAAAUUUUCCUACCACACUUCAAGCCUCUGGCUGCUCCUCGCUACAUUUAUUGUUUAGGUACACAACUCACUUAUACAUAUGAGUAUGUAUACAUACAUUAAUAUACUAAAGCACUAUUAAUGUGCCACCUCUUAUUUUACUCGCUCAGCAUUUAUAUUAAAUGAUCUCUACUUAGAAUCAGCAAUUUUUUUUUUUUUUUUUUAUUUGUUCUCUGUCCACUGGUUGCCAACACAGACUUUAUCCUUUCCCAGACGAAGGACUUCUGUGCGCAUUGAUGUGUGUUCACUUAAUCUUUUGUGUUCAAACAAAGAUGUUCUUUAUAGACUAUGCUUCCGAAGAAGACAAAAUUCUGUAACUUCGGAAAAUUUAUUGAAUUUAUGGAGACAUUUUGUGUGUGCUAGAUUGUAUUGUAGAAAAUGUACCCUAAGUUUGUUUUUUUGUUGUUUUUUUCUUCCUCAAGUGUGCUGUACUGGGUGAUAGUGUUGAGGUAUUAGAAAAGUGUUGGGGGGUUUUUUCCCACCCCUGCCCCCAAGAGGAUAUUCAGGAAGUCUGAUGAAAGGUUGGCCUUACAUCCUCUUGCAGUGCUCCUUUAACUUGUCUACUGUAGGAGCAUGAGGUGAUCCCAAAAAAUAGUAAUUAUCACUGAAUUGACAUGACUUAGAGUCACACAGAUGGACUCUAAUAGACACCCUCCCCAUUCAGAAAUAUCAUACAAUACUGCAAUAAUGCAAAUCUCUCAAGGUUUAAAGCAAAAUGUAUAUUUUAUUUGUUUUUUUUAAGGAAAUGUUGUUGACCUAGUCGGGUUUAUAGUUCUUUUUCCUUUCUCUUGUUUUUUUUUGUUUUGUUCCUGCAACCGUCGAAUUUACUGACCUGCAAGUCUUACAGUUUUCAAUGCAUCAUCUGACCUGAUGUGUAGUCAACAGCUCUGAGUAUCUGAAUGACAUUCACACAACAGCUUUGUUCUUCUUUUGACAAACAAAUUUACAAGCCUACAAGCUUGAUUUGGCAGAUAUAAUUCCUUGUAUUGGCAACAUUUUUAAUGGUGUUAAUUCAACACGUUUCUCACUUUGUGCAAGUGCAAGUCAACCAAAACUAUCACAAUGCUGAUUCUACCUGAUAGGUCCCUGCAGGUCUGAAUGAGCCUAAGGCGCCUUUAGCUUAGCAGAACUGACAUACGACGAUGUAUGGGGUGGUUUACUAUAUAGUUAAUGGCAAAGAUGUUCAUUUCAAUCUCCUGUGUGUUUUUGUUUCUGAGUGGAACUGCUGCCUCUACCCUCAUUUACAUAACCAGUUAACCCCUCCACUCCCACCCUUGACCACUGAACUCUGUUACUGCUGUUUGAGGCUCACAUUUUAUUCCCUGACUUUCUGGGGAAAUUCGCAAAUGGCUAUUUUAUAUGAUUACUCCCUUGUAAAAUAUCUCUUAAAUUAAGGUACAGGUUUGAUUUCAGCAAGAAAAUUUUAUAUGUAUAUUAUACUCCAUUAAGGAAUGUCUAGAAUUAUCUUCCUCCAAUGUGGAUGUAGCCAUUAUUACGCCAUUUUAUGACUUUGUAAGAGAAUUCACUGUGUGAAAAUUGGUUUGCAUUUUUGUAUAAUACAAUCUGCUUUUUUUUUUCGUUUGAUACGAGAGGGAGGUCAAACUGGAAGUUUGAAGAGAGGAAAAAAAUGAACCUGUGAAAUUGAGAAAACAAAGUGUAACUUAUGUACAACAGUGAUUCUAAGCUGAGGGGGAAAGAUUAAAUGAUAUUGCUAACUCAGAA